GCCCCCCUUCCCCUGGUUGCUAAGGCGAAACACUCCCUAGCAACGGGGUUUCCUGAGCCUUCGGGCCACCCGAAUCCACCUUCUCAGGUAUCACUUUCCUAAGGAAAGGAAUUCCCUCGCAAGACCUCCCAGUUCCCCACCCCUCAGGGCACCCUGGGUGAUGUGGAGACACACCCCAGACCCCCCGCGCCCUCCCAGACUUCUCAUCCCUGCCGUAAGUUGCCAAGGAGGUUCUUCUAAACCUGAGACGCCCCCCCGCUCCCACCAGGUACCUAAAGAAUCCACACCCUAGACCAGGCAUGGCCAGGCUGGUGUGAAGCCCCCCCACCCCCCUUCAUUCCCGUUGCCACGGGGACUCCCUAGCAACAGAACUCAGAAUCCUGGGGCCUGGCGGGCAGGCGGGCGCGGCCGGUUACUGGGGUGAUGUCCCGUAAGGCCUCUUCCCACAGCGACCCCAGGGGUCUGGGGAGGCGACAUGUUGGGCUCUGGGAUCCCAGCGCUGGGCCUGCUUCUGCUCCUGCAGGGCUCGGCAGACGGAAAUGGAAUCCAGGGAUUCUUCUAUCCAUGGAGCUGUGAGGGUGACAUAUGGGACCGGGAGAGCUGCGGGGGCCAGGCGGCCAUCGAGAGCCCCAACCUCUGCCUGCGCCUCCGGUGCUGCUACCGUGAUGGGGUCUGCUACCACCAGCGCCCAGACGAAAACAUGCGGAGGAAGCACAUGUGGGCGCUGGGCUGGGCGUGCGGCGGCCUCCUCCUCCUGAGCUGCAGCAUCUGCUUGUUCUGGUGGGCCAAGCGCCGGGACGUGCUGCACAUGCCUGGCUUCCUGGCGGGUCAGUGCGACCUGUCCAAGUCAGUCUCGCUGCUCUCCAAGCACCGAGGGACCAAGAAGACGCCGUCUGCGGGCAGCGUGCCGGUCGCCCUGUCCAAAGACUCCAAGGAUGCGGAGGGGGCCACCGAGGGGGAAGGGACAGAAGAGGGUGAGGAGACGGAGGGCGAGGAAGACGAGGAUUAGGGGCGUCCCCCGGGGACUGCUCAAUACAGAUAUGGUGGACGGAUGCGUGUUCUCGUCUCUGAGAGCUGUGGGGAGCAGGGCGCAUGGCGCACACAGAGGCAAGGGUAACAGGUGGGGGCUGGAGGGGGUUUGGGGAUGGAAGCUCAGGGGGCCCCAGGCUGUGGCCAUGGGGGUGUGAGCUGAGGGGGACCCUGGAAUGAGAGAGAUCUGGGAGGUAAGAGGGGAGGAUCUGAGCUGAGGGGGAUCUGCGCUCAUGGGGGUGUCCUGGGCUGUGAUCAUGGGAGCCCUGGACUGAGGGGGUAGAGGUGUACGAGUGCUGGAGUGCGGGUCUGAAAUGAGGGAGUUGGGGAUAUGUGGGGGUGGCGGGGUCUGAGGGGUGCCUGGACUGGGCAGGGGCAGGAGCAUGCCACAGCCAUGGAGUGCCAGUGACCGACAGUAUCCCCCCCCGCCGCCACCCCGGAUACACCUAGAUUACCAUGGGCUGCUCUCCACCAGUAACAGCAUGGCGAGGCAAGGGGUAGGGGUUCCGGGCACAGGCGCCUUCUCAAAGGGCAAGGGCCUCCCUCAUGGACGAUGACUUCAGCUCCCAACUCCCCAGUGGCCAGUGGCAAUUUUCCUGGAGGUUCGCUACAGUCUAACACUCAUCCUACCCAUCCCUCCCUCCCUCUCCCUGCACCAAGCUACCCUUCAAAAGUGUUUCCCCAAUAAAUAUCUUGCAAGUCCAAUUUGUCUCCGUGUCUGCUUCUCACAGAACCCAAACUCACACAGCGAUGUCGGGGUAGAGUGGAGGGGUCUGGGCUGAGAUCCUUAUCCCCUGGGCCCCUCCCUGGUCCCCUCUGAGAAGGGGCCAGUAUAAGGCUGGGCUUCUAUAUCCCCAGGGCUCCCGGUCUCCCCAGGGCAGGGGCAGCCUCACCUCAGGUGUGGCCAGGCCCACCUGGGUGCUAGAAGGAAGCAAGCCAUCUUGUCUCCG